CGGCUACUCACAAAUCUCAUCCAGUCACUCAAUCGCGCAUCUGAGCACUGUCUCCAUGAAAGUUCCAUUUUAGGGUUAUUUCCUUGAAUGAUCAAAGUGUCCCCAAACUUGAGGCAAGCGAUUCUGAAGACUCAUCUGAGAAGCAUUCAAAGUCCACAUACAUAUCGGUUCAUAUUGAACAGACCUCGGUGGUCAUUGGUCAAAAUGAGUGCCGAGCCACCCACUAGAUAUGGCAUGAUCGUGUUCACCGGAUUUCAAGCUCUUGAUGUCUUCGGACCCUUGAGCACGUUGAAUGUGCUCUCUCGAGCCCACAAGAUGGAACUUGCCAUCAUAGCCGAAUCAAUGACACCGGUAUCCACAAAUCCAGAGCCAAAUCCGUUUGUGUCAUCGUCCUUUGGACAAGAAAUUGUACCGACUCACACCUUUGAAAAUGAGCCUGAGAUCGAGGUUCUGCUGAUUCCUGGAGGCUUCGGGACUCGUAAUAGAGGCACAAUGGCUCCAGUCGAAGCAUAUAUCCAUACCGUCUUCCCCACCGUGAAGCACGUGAUUACAAUCUGCACCGGCUCCGCGAUCCUCGCAGCCAUGGGGCUCCUAGACAAUCGGUGCGCUACAACGAACAAAAGUACCUGGGACUCCGUCGUGAUGCUCGGGCCCAAUGUGAAGUGGGUGAGGAGAGCUCGAUGGGUUGUCGAUGAUACUGCGGGAGUUCCGCAAGUGUGGAGUUCUUCGGGUGUCUCGGCGGGAAUUGAUGUGACGUUUGCUUUUAUUAAGAAGUUGUAUGGGGGAGAGACGGCUGAGAACGUUGCGAAUGUGAUGGAGUAUGAUAGACAUUUGGAUGAUAAGUGGGAUCCCUUCGCGGAUAUAUGGGAGACGAAGGUCUGAUCGCUUCUAAAGCUUCUUUUUUACCCAGUGCAAUGCCGCUAUAACUCAGCUCUCUCUUAACAUUUUCGCUUAUAAUAGGAAUGGCGAUUUGCCAUGAUCAUUUGUUAGCAUUACUGACCAUUAUCAUCAUCAUUAUUAUAA